AUGUCACAUCAUUUGCCCACUUCCCCAAAAAUACAACCUCAAUUUACCACAUUAAAAACUAAACCUACUACACACCUUGUUUUAGAGGUUUCUUCGCCUGCUGCUGCUAGACGUAACUCUUCAGCUGCUGCCUCUAUAAAAAGUUUUAACAGUGAUAUUCGCAUAAAAGAGAAUACUGCCGUUGACGAUUAUCUUAUGGGGCUUAUGAACAGAUCUGCCUCGAAUUCUUCUAAUGAACAACCGUCAAAUAAUUAUUUACCAGCAUUUGGAGGCACCAGAAACAUGUUUAAUGGUCAUAAGAGAAAAGCGUCGCAUAGUGAACAAGACAGUGAUUUAUAUUCAGAACUUUCAGAGAAAUCGAACACAUCAUCAGAUUCCAAUGAUUGUCCAAUUGCUAAUAAUGAGCUUUCAAAAGAUCGUUCAAAAUCUGAUUCCUCAAUGAAAGAAUAUUCUGGACAUCGACGUAAAUAUGGAAAUGAAGACCCAGGAUCUGCAUCUUGGACUAAACAUAGUAAACACUUUUUUAUAUUGAGUAGUGCAGGAAAACCUGUUUAUACACGGUGUAUAAAUGCAGGACAACAUAAAUUUGUAUUUUUAUUGAAAGGACCAUUAUAUUUAGUUGCAGUUUCAAGGACUAAUGAAUCUGAAUUACAGCUUAGAGAACAAUUGAAUUAUUUAUAUAAUCAAAUAUUAAGCCAAUUAACUUCAAAACAAUUAACAAAAAUUUUUGAACAGAGAACAAACUUUGAUUUAAGAAAACUUCUUGGAGGAACUGAGCCUUUUUUUGACAAUCUUGCAACAUCUAUGAAUCAUGAACUUGGAUUUAUGUUAGGAUCAGUUCAAUGUGUUAGAAUGAGUAAAACAUUACGUGAUAAAAUUGGUAGCAUAAUGCAAUUUGCAAGAUCUAAAGAUCUUUUAUAUGCCAUGUUAAUAACAGAUAGUAAAUUAAUAACUUCGCUAGGACCUAGGAAGCAUAACUUGCACCCUUCAGAUAUUCAUUUGAUCUUUAACACUGUAAAUGGAUCAUCGUCAUUCAAAUCAUAUGAAUCAUGGGCACCGAUAUGUCUUCCAGGGUUUAACAGUAAAGGAUUCCUUUAUGUAUAUCUGUGUUAUAUAGCAGUGAAUACAUGUUUAGUAUUGAUAUCACCAGACAAAGAAAAAUUUUAUGAAUUAUCUGAAGCAAGAAAUGUGAUAUUUGAGAAAUUGGAAUCAACUGGUUCAUUAAAGGGAAUUGAGGAAGCUUUACAAAACGAUUCUUAUUCUAUUGAUGAUAUUGGUGUUCCAGGUUUACGACAUUUUAUAUACAAGUCAACAAUUCAUGUACAGUUAUUUAAAUUGUAUCGUCAUGUACAUGAUCGUAUACAUUCUAAAUUUAGACCACUCAAAGUAUAUUAUUGUGUUAGUAAUUCUGAAACCAUACUAGGAUGGGUAACAUCAUCAUUUGAACUUUAUGCUUCAUUCAGGCCACACAUAUCAAAAACUGCUUUAACCACUUCAUCACAUGCAUUGCUGAAAUGGAUUAGAAAAGAAGAAGAAAAUUUAUUUAUAUAA